UAUGAAUAUGUAAUAUUUUUUCGAGCAAUGAUUUUAUUUAAGUUAAUAUAUUAAAAAAUCUUGAUUCUCUUGAACUUUAUGAAUGUGUCACGCUCAAGAUAUUCUCCCUAUAAAGCCUUUCAAGUUUGAUUUUUAAAAUCUAAAAAAUGGCUCCUGUAGCAGCUCCAUUAAUAGAUGUUAAGGAGGAUUUGGAUAAAAAGUCUGAGAAAAUUGGAAUAAAUGCUGUUUUGUUAGGUCCACCUGGAGCUGGGAAAGGUACACAAGCUCCUUUAUUAAAGAAAGAAUUUUGUGUUUGCCAUCUUGCUACUGGUGAUAUGUUGCGAGCUGAAGUUUCUUCUGGCUCAGAGUUUGGAAAAAGUAUUAAAAAAAUUAUGGAUGAAGGAAAAUUAGUUAGUGAUUCCAUUGUUGUGGAUCUCAUUGACCGUAAUUUAGAUAAAGAUGAAUGUCGCAAUGGCUUCUUACUUGACGGCUUUCCUAGAACUGUAGCUCAAGCUGAAAAGUUGGAUGAAUUACUUGAAAAAAGAAAAACUCAACUUGAUUCAGUCAUUGAAUUUGGAAUUGAAGAUUCAUUGCUAGUACGUAGGAUCACAGGCAGGUUAUUUCAUCCACCAAGUGGCCGAUCUUAUCACGAGGAAUUUCAUCCACCGAAAGUUACCAUGACUGAUGAUAUCACUGGCGAGCCUUUGAUUAAAAGGUCCGAUGACACUGCGGAAACACUUAAGAAACGCCUGGCUACAUACCACCUGCAGACAUCACCUCUGGUUGAUUAUUAUCGUAAAAAAGGGAUUCACUCUCGUAUCGAUGCAUCUUUAGAUGCUAAGAGAGUAUUUCAAGAUAUCCAAAGGACGUUUCUAAAUGCCAAAUCCAAGGACAAAAUUCUGUUCUUAGGGUAAAUGUGAACCAACAAAAUAGGUUUUUGUAAUUGAAAAUUUUUUGCUCUAUUGAAAGCAAUUAAUUAUUUUAAUAUUACAAGUAAGAAUAUUAGACCCGUAUCUGGGCUGAAAAUUGUGAUAUAAAAAGGAUGAUUACUAUACAAUAAUGAUUUUACUAAUUUUGUGCGUGUAUGUUAUAAAGUUUCAAGAUGAGCUGAAAUGUAAAGAAAAUAAUUUGCUUUGUAAACUUUGAGAACAACUAUAAAAAAAUCACAACAUAAAUGAAAGAUAAAAAAUUAUUUUGUACUGUUAAUUUUUACAACUGAUAUUAAUGUUUUUAGUUUAAAGGUUUCAUUUUUCAUAGCAACUUUUAAAUGACCAAUAUCAUUCUAAUAGCUUUUUUUUUAAUCAAAAAUAUUGAGUGUAAUGCUUAAAAGUAAAUUCAAUAAUACAAUUAGUUACAAAAAAAAAAAAAAAAAAAAAAAUCAGAUUGUCAAUAGCCUGCACAUUUUUAUCUUUUCAUGAAAUGAUAGUUUAUUUUAAAAUUUUAUAACUUUAAGUUGUAUUCUAUUGGUGAACAUUAUUUCAAAAUUGUCAAAAUAUUAACUGCAAUUUAGAAAAGCUUUUAACUGAUAGAAAUCUAUUCUAUGCAAUAAACUGAAAUAUUUUUGAAGAAUACCAGAGGAAUUAACAAAUAGAAUAUGAUAAAAAUAGUUUUAUCUUUUUUGGUAUCUAGUACACUGUACUCAGCCUACAUUAUUAACUAAUAAAUUGCAAACUUAUUAGUUGUUGAAUAGUUAAGUCAUUUACUAAUUAAAAAAAAUUAUAUAUAUAUUUUUUGAAUUUUUUUCACCGUUGCAACAUUGAUUCGUUUUGUGCUAAUGCUAAAAUUCUUAACGUAACAUUACAUUUGAGUGCAGGAAAUAAAUCAUAACUUUCUUGGUUGAAGUCAUGUAGUGUAACUGUAUCAUUUUAAAAUUUUUCAGUGGUAAGAUAGGUUUUUUGAAAAGCAAAAUAAAAAUAUUCAUUUUAUGAAUUCUUAAAAUUAGUUUUAAAAAUCUUUCAUUAAUAAGCAGAUCUGAUUGUUUACUGUGCAUAUUUCGUUAUUUGCACCUGCUCUCUAUGCACUUGGUAGUCCUUCGACAUUAUUUGUUUUUACAUAGCAGCAUCAUUUGAUUUUGAUUAUAUAUUUUACUCAGUUGCAAUGAGUGCAUUAAUAUUUUCUUGGUGAUUUUGACCUGUUUUAUAGGUCACGUAUUCCUAAAAUUUCCUUUAUUUAUCAUGUUGCAUUGCUUCAAUCAUUCUUCAAGGCUUUGUUGCCAAAUUUUUAACUGUAGAAUUUUUUACACAAUAUAUUCAAUGAUGAAAUGUAAAUUCUUUUAACAUAUCAUGUAUUAAACUUGAGAUUUUCUUUUUAAAAUGUUUUUCCAUUUCUUGAAUUUGUUUUAUAAACCAAAGACUCCAUUUCUUAUGUCCAUGUUCCUACAAUCUACACAAAUGAAAUAAAUGUUGUUACUC